AUGCGCCCCCGUCGCAGCAUCCUAGAAGCCAGGAAGGGCAGCCCGAAGGAGCCCGGGAAGGGCAGCUCGAAGGAGCCCGGGAAGGGCAGCUCGAAGGAGCCCGGGAAGGGCAGCCCGAAGGAGCCCGGGAAGGGCAGCCCGAAGGAGCCCGGGAAGGGCAGCCCGAAGGAGCCCGAUGAGGCCUCGAUCGAGGAAGAGGAGGUGUUGGAGGAAGAGGAGGAAGAGGAGGCGGAGGGGGCACAGGGGAGGGAGGAAGUGGCGAGCCACCAACAAGACAAUCCCGACCAGUUGAUGGACGAUGACGACCUCUGGAAAACCACGGACAACCGUGAAGGCCUUUCCGACAACGACGACGAAGGCUUAGAAUUGCGUCCUCGUCUAACUAGCGUGGUCACCCCCAGCCUGAGCUCCACGCCCCCACCCAGCCAUCUAUCCAGCCCCAUCGAAGGCUCUUGUGCUUCCAGCAGCAGCAGCGCCUCGUCCCAUAGAAGUUAUCCUAAAAUAUUUCAAACAUUUAAGAAAGACUUGUCUGAAGUGACUGUAGAUAGAGAUAUGUACCCAAGUUUGUAUGAAAGAGUUCAGAUAUCAGUACAAACAGAGGAAAGUUGGCUUCAACAAAUUUCUAAGAAGGAACCAAGUGAGUAUUUUGAUUCCUUAGCUGAGGUGCAACCAGAAACGCCGGCUUCUAAGCUAAGAGAAACGUGGGUAAUUAAUCCUGAAGAGCGGAAACUAAGUAUUUUAUGUGAGACGGAGUUUCAUGAAGACUUUGUAAAAUUCUUUGAAUCUCCUCUAAGAACACUAACCAGCAUUGGGCCUCCGCCCUUGCUGUCAUAUAGAAAAGACCUUCCCUAUCUGGACAUUAGCAUCAAGGAUGAGGAAGACCUAGUCCUCGAGUGUGAAUUCUGUGGAGGUGUUCUACGGUCGCUCCUUUCCGAUGCGGACAUUUCUGUAAAGGAAAAAGGCCAAGCCUUCUGUUGUCUUCAGUUACAAAAUCUUCUUGAUUAUAUCAAUGAGGAAAGGCUAAACAUCCAAAGUACUAAGACGGACUUAAUCAGUAUUCAUCCUCAUGCAGCCCAUGGCAGUGAUGUCGAUAGACUCAAGGCAAAGGAAAAAGCCAUACAGAGAAAACAAGAACGUCAAAUGGCCAGACACUUCGCAAUAGUCUCCCAUGAACCGAGCACCCCGUUAGUUGAAGAUGAUACAAAGCCCUUGAAGACAAUUUCUUACCAGCUUUCUCUGGAUAUUCCGGAAAAGAAGAGCGAUGACGACGAAGAUGAUAUUCUGAUGGGGAACAUCUCCAUCACUUGCUGUGAUUCCAGGAAAAUGUGUGGAAAGAUCGUGAGGAAUGAGCUCUUGGAGAAGCACUACAAACACGGAAGCAAGUUUCUCACCUCCUUUCCAGAUGGAACAACACAAAUAUUCUAUCCAUCUGGAAAUCUAGCCAUUAUCCAGGUGCCCAACAAGACAAAAGGUUUCACUUGUAUCGUCCAAGAAGACACACCCACCAAUCCCGCUAUCCUGGCGGUGCUCGACUCCUCUGGGAGAAGCUCCUGCUAUCACCCUAAUGGAAAUGUCUGGGUCUACAUCAACGUCCUGGGAGGCCAAUAUUCAGACCAAGCUGGCAACAGAAUACGAACUUGGAACUGGUCAAGUUCCAUGCCUUCCUCGUCCUUUGCUUCAUUUAAACCUGUUUUUCUGGCUUUGAACCAUCACAUUGGAAUUCGCAUCUUAGAACAAGACAAGGUCUCCAUUAAUUUUCUAGCAAUGGGCCAACAGGCAAGAAUCAGCGUUGGGACCAAAGUAACGUGCUACAAACCAGAGGAGCUCCCAGCCCUGCGGUUCGUGAGUGGAGAUGACCUUCUGCUGCUGGCCAGCUUAAUAAAGAUCCGGCGGCUGUUCCACAAGCUGCGAGGAUGUGUGACUUUCCCCUCUAGUCAGGCGUGGGAAAAAGUAAAGCAACCGACCUACCUUUCUUCGCUCUCUCUAAAACUACUUGCCCUCUGCGAUAGUUCUGGCUUACAGAAUAGUACAAUGGCAACAAUUAUGAAGCUAAUAAAUGAGAUAGAGUAA